ACCUCACAGGGAAGCUUUAGAAUUGUAGUAAACAAAGAAAGACAGGUUUGGGCAGCCAUAGAAGAGGAACAGCAACAAGACCGCAGCUAUGGUGAAAGCGUACCUACGGUACGAGCCAGCGACGUCGUUUGGUGUAAUAGCAUCAGUAGAGUCAAACAUAACGUAUGACAGCUCCGGUAAGCACCUUUUAGCUCCGGCACUCGAAAAAGUCGGAGUUUGGCACGUCCGUCAAGGCAUCUGCACCAAAACCCUAACUCCUUCUACUUCCUCUCGUAACGGUCCAUCUCUCGCCGUUACAUCUGUUGUAUCAUUCUCUUCUUCUUCUUCUUCUUCUUCUCUGGUAGCAAGUGGUUAUGCAGAUGGUAGUAUAAGAAUUUGGGAUAGUGACAAAGGAACCUGUGAGACCACAUUGAAUGGGCACAAAGGAGCCGUUACUGUUUUAAGGUAUAAUAGGUCCGGGGCUUUGCUUGCAUCUGGAAGUAAAGAUAAUGAUAUUAUACUGUGGGAUGUUGUUGGAGAGACUGGCCUUUUUCGCCUCCGUGGACAUCGUGACCAGAUCACUGACCUUGUUUUCUUGGAUUCUGGUAAAAAACUUGUUAGUUCUUCCAAAGACAAAUUCUUGAGAGUUUGGGAUCUUGAGACACAGCACUGUAUGCAAAUAAUCAGUGGCCAUCACAGUGAAAUUUGGUCAAUUGAUGUUGAUCCUGAGGAAAGAUAUUUGGUUAGUGGUUCUGCAGAUCCAGAACUUCGGUUUUACACAGUUAAGCACGAUUUGAUGGAUGGAAAGGACUUGUCCAAUGAAAAUGGUAAUCAAAUUGUGAAGAAUGGAGCGUCUUCCACUCAAAAUAAAUGGGAGAUUCUGAAGCUGUUUGGUGAAAUUCAGAGGCAGAACAAGGAUAGAGUUGCCACUGUGAGAUUCAACAAGUCUGGAAAUUUACUGGCAUGUCAAGUGGCAGGAAAAACAGUGGACAUAUUCCGGGUGCUAGAUGAGAAUGAAGCAAAACGUAAAGCAAAACGGAGGCUUCAUAGGAAGAAAGAGAAGAAGUCUGCAAAAGGGGAAGUUGAGGUAGCUGAAAAUAAAGAUGUGAAACUUGUAACUGACGAAGAUGGAGCUGCCCUUGUGGUAACUGUCUCUGAUGUUUUCAAGCUUCUUCAAACCCUUCGAGCAAGCAAAAAGAUCUGUUCCAUCUCCUUUAGCCCAGUUGUUCCUGGGAAAUCCUUGGCUACACUAGCAUUGUCUUUGAAUAAUAAUUUACUGGAAUUUUAUUCUGUUGAAAGUAGUACAGCUACAAAAUCACUAUCUAUUGAGCUCCAGGGGCACCGUUCCGAUGUCAGAAGUGUUACUCUUAGUUCAGACAAUACUCUUUUGAUGUCAACAAGUCACAACGCAGUAAAGUUUUGGAAUCCAAGUACUGGCUCUUGCCUUCGAACUAUUGAUUCAGGGUAUGGACUGUGUGGCUUAAUUAUUCCACACAAUAAGUAUGCACUUGUGGGAACUAAAGAUGGAAAUAUAGAAGUAAUUGACAUUGGGAGCGGUACUUGCAUUGAGGCUGUGGAAGCUCAUGGUGGCUCAGUAAGGUCUAUUGCUUCCAUUCCAAAUGAAAAUGGUUUUGUCACAGGCAGUGCAGAUCACGAUGUUAAGUUCUGGGAGUAUCAAGUCAAGCAGAAUCCUGGUCAAGAUACAAAGCACCUUGCAGUGUCAAAUGUGAGGACUAUGAAGAUGAAUGAUGAUGUUCUAGUGCUUGCAGUUAGCCCUGAUGCUAAAUAUAUUGCUGUUGCACUUUUGGACUGCACCGUGAAGGUUUUCUAUGCGGACACACUCAAAUUUUUCCUUUCGUUAUAUGGGCACAAACUGCCUGUGCUAUGUAUGGACAUUUCAUCAGAUGGAGAUCUGAUGGUUACUGGUUCUGCAGACAAAAAUUUGAAGAUAUGGGGUUUGGAUUUUGGUGACUGCCAUAAAUCCCUUUUUGCCCAUGCUGAUAGUGUUAUGGCAGUGCAAUUCGUGCGCAAUACCCAUUACAUGUUCAGUGUCGGGAAAGAUCGGCUUGUUAAGUACUGGGAUGCUGAUAAGUUUGAGCUACUUUUAACUCUUGAGGGACAUCAUGCAGAUGUUUGGUGUCUUGCAGUCAGCAAUCGCGGUGAUUUUCUUGUUACAGGGUCUCAUGAUCGGUCCAUACGCCGUUGGGAUCGGACUGAAGAGCCAUUCUUCAUUGAGGAGGAGAAGGAAAAGAGAUUGGAAGAAAUGUUUGAGGCUGACCUUGAUAAUGCAUUUGAAAACAAGUACGCCCCGAAGGAAGAACUUCCAGAGGAGGGAGCUGUGGCCUUGGCAGGAAAGAAAACCCAGGAAACCCUUACAGCAACUGACUUAAUAAUUGAUGCCUUAGAUGUAGCAGAGUUAGAAUCAAAGCGGAUUUCUGAGCAUGAGGAGGAGAAAACAAGGGGAAGUAUUGCUGUGUUCCAACCAAAUCCAAUAAUGCAGGGGCUUGUUCCAUCUGAUUAUAUUCUCCAUGCACUUUCAAAUGUUCACAGCAAUGACCUCGAGCAGACAUUAUUGGCUUUACCAUUCUCUGAUGCUCUGAAGCUUCUCUCUUACUUGAAGGAUUGGGUCUCAAACCCUGAUAAGGUUGAGCUUGUCUGCAGAGUUGCUACUGUGCUAUUGCAGACACAUUAUAAUCAGUUGGUUACCACCCCUGCUGCAAGACCUGUUUUAACUGUUCUCAAGGACAUUCUUUAUGCAAGAGUCCAGGAAUGCAAGGAUACACUUGGUUUCAAUCUGGCAGCAAUGGAUCAUCUGAAGCAAUUGAUGGCUUCAAAAUCAGAUGCACCCUUUCGAGAUGCAAAAACAAAGUUGCUAGAAAUCCGUUCACAGCAAUCUAAACGUUUGGAAGCAAGGACGGAUACAAGAGAAGAGAAACAGAAAAAGAAAAAACAGAAGAAAUAAAAUGAAACAUGACUAAAAACAAGAUAAUUUUGGGGAAAUGGAAUAGUUGCAUUUACUGAUGGACUCGCAGGUUAAACACACUGAAAAGCAGCAUCAGAAUCUCAUGUGGCUCUAUCUGAUCAAAUUCAUUGCCGCAAGUCGAAAGAAAAUCAUUGCUGCCAAGGCGGAUAGAGUGCGGAUGCUUUUCUUUGCAGAUUGAAACAUGUAGUUGGCGGUAAUUAUUUGGUGAGUACCUGUCUCCAUUUGAAUGUAAAUUAUGAAGCAUCAUGGUUGGAUGCCAAGGAAUUUCAGUUUCCAUUGGAUUCUACAAUGAACUUGUUAGGGAUAGUGGUUAUAUGACAGAAUUAUACAAUGAAUUUACAUAUUUAUCUUUCUCCA